GAAGUUUAGAAUAGACAGCUGUGAAAACAAGAACGUCAAAAGUCAAAAUACUCAAAAUAUAAAAAAAAAACUUAAAAUAUACUAUUAUGGAAAAUCAUACUGAAAUUUUCGCCCUGAAUUUAUAAGAUUUUACACAAAUUUUACGUCUUAUUAUAUUAUAUAUCAUAAUGUGUACAAUAAACAGGACUGGUGGAAGACUUUUUGGCCCAGAAGGGUGUCAAGUCCCUAUUGGAAAAGGAAUAUGUGGUGAAACUAGGACAUUAGACAUUAUCAAUGAAUUCAAGAGAUUAUAUGAAGAAAAAAUGAAAGAAAUUGAUAAUAAUGGUGGUGGAGACAGCCUUCAGGAGAAGAUUAAGCUUCAACAAGAUUGGAUUGGAGAUCUUACUGAUCAAAAUGAAAUGCUUGUUAGAGCUGUUGAAGAACUUGAAGUUGAAGCUACAGAACGGGUGCACAUGUUGGAAGAAAAGUUACAACAAAGUGCAAAAUGCAUUGGUGAGGUUAUGAAGAGGUAUAGAGAAAAUGACAUGACCAACGACCUACUCAAAGAACCUCAAGAGAAAAUAUUUCACUUGGAAAAUGACAAGAAGAACUUAUUGGAAUUCAUAAGACGUAUACGUGUAGAAAAUGAAUGGAGCAUGGGCGGUUUGACAUUUUUUCAGAUAACUCAUCGAGAUCUUUUUGGAGAUGAAAAUGGAGAAGAUUUUUGGAAAGAAAAAUGUGACAGGUACUUAAUCUGUGAUAAUGAAAAGGAAGAAAAGAAAAUAAAGGAUCGAGAGUGUACAAUUCGAGAGCUACAUUUGAAACUCGGUGAUGUUAAUGAAUUGUCUAAGGAACUUCAAACCAAAAAACAGGAAUGUGACGCUCUACAAAAGAACCUCAUUGAUGUGCGACAAGCUUUGACAGAAGAAGUUGCUUCAAAGCACGAUACUAUUUUGAAGCUGAAAAAAGAUUACCAAGAAUUAGAAGAUCGAUGUAUUCAAGCUGAUAAGCAGACAGCUUUCAGAGAUGACAUAAUCAAGGAGUUGAGGAAGGAAAUAAAGCAGCUGAAACAACAGGUUACAUGUGAUGAAAUUGGAAAGUUGAAUAGUACGAUAGAAGAGCUACAUAAUACCUUACAGAAAACAAAGAGGGUACAAGAGGAUGAGGAUAAGAAAAAAGCAAAUACGAUAGACAUAUUGAAUAAUAGACUAAUAGAGCUUGAAAGUAGUUUGAAAGAAGCAGAAGAAAAAGUAAGGGUCUGUAAAAUAUGCAGAGGCCGUUCUCGAGUAGGGUUCGCAGAUACUUCAGAGGUUCAGACAGAUCAAACUGUGGUGUAUUCAGAUGCAGUUGCUAUGUUACAAGAUAGAGACGAAAUGAUUUUGUCUCAAUCUGAAACUUUGAAUAUGUUCCAACACGAAUUGCAAACUUUAAAAAAUAAAGAAUCGGAACUAAGAAGAGAAACAGAGAAUUAUCAUAUGGAAACAGAAUACUUGAAGAAUACAAUCAAUGAAUUGGAAAAAGCCAGGAACAAUGAUUCUGUCAUCGAUGAUAGAGGUUUAGAGAAGCUAAUGGAGUCGAUACAAAACAGGGAUGAAAUUAUCAAAAAUCAAAAUGAAACAUUGAUAUUAAUUCAACAAGAGUUGGAGCUGUCAAAGAAGCAAGAUUCAGAUAUGAAUUCAGAAAGGGAAAAAUAUUGUUGUAAUAUAGAACUUUUAAAACAGAGGAUUGAAGAGUUGGAAAGCUCACUAAAAUAUGCAGAAGGACGUGCAGACAAUUUACAAACAGCAGUGAAUUUAUACGUGAACUCUCUAAAUGUAAUGGAAGCUACAGAAGAAAAAUACAAAAUUGAGAUUGAUCAACAAAGAGCAACAAUCAUAAAUCUUCAAAGUGUGCUGGUUAGCACAAAACAAGAGUUAGAUUAUUUGAGACAUAAAUCUGAAGAGAAUUCUAUGGAUGAGCAAAAACGCGUUAGUAGAUAUAUAUCUCUCAUGACCGCAUCUAGAAUCGAGAACGAGAAUUUACAAACACUGUGUGGUGAUUUACUGGUUGAAUAUAAAAAACUUGAAGAACUGAAUUUGACCGUCGAAAUAGAAUACUGCAAUAAUCUGCAAGACGUCGAUGAAUUGGACUACCAACUUUUCAAGUAUCAAUAUGAGAUAAAAUUGAAUGAGGAAGAAAACGGACAAUAUAAAAAUAGUCUCAAGAAAUUGAUGAAACAGAAAAAGUGUUAUGAAGAGAUUAUUGUUUACUUCAAACAUGAAAUGGGCCUAAUGUCUGAGCAAUUACAGAAUUUGCAGGAUUUGUUGAAUCUUUCCAAUGAAUCUGCUCAAGAGGAACAUUCCAAGCUGGCGCAGGCCUUCAUGAAUGUUCAAACUCUGAACCAACAACUGUCGACUCAACUGACUGCUGCAGAACAAAAAGUGCUCCUGGAAAAUCAGAUGAAUCAACUACAUGAGGUCAAAAUCUGCGAACUUGAAAGACUAGUUAGCGAGAAAGAAGUAGAUCUCAGUCGUCACGAUCAAGCAAUUCUUGACAUAAGACAAACACUCCAAGACUCCUUGAAACAGAACGAAGAUUCGCAUCGCACGAUACUGUCAUUGAAUGAAACGAUUGGGAAACUGCAACAUGCAGUCAAUAAAUAUGAAACCGAUAACUGCAUGUCCAGAGAAAGUAACGAGAACUGUCAAUUACAAAUCAAUUCCUGCAAAGAAAAAUUAGUGGAACUGAAAGAUGCUUUAGAGAGAAAAACUUCCGAGCUUUGUAAACUAGAAAUGGCGUACAACAACCAAAACAGAACUUUGCAAUCUGCCCAAAUCGAAAUGAAGGAAAUGAAAGAAAGGCAGAAGAGCAAACAGUGCCACAUGAAAUGUAUCAUAGAAGAAUUGAAGGACAAACUUGCUCAGUAUGAAGGAAAACAUAAGGGAUUAUUGGAAGAGUUGAAACAACUCCAAACUCAGUUAGGAAUUGUAACUAGAAAAGAUGCAGUGAAAGAGGUUGAAAUAAAACGCUACAGGAAGAUUAUUGGAGAUCUAAAAAGGACACUUAUUGAACUGAAUAGGAGUUUGUCGAGAAAGAAUGUCAAAUUUGAGAGUAGAUGCAAUAAUGAAGAAUGUAGAAAGUAUAUGGCACAAUCUGAAGAACUCAGAGAUCAACAAGAAACACCUCCCACCUGUCCUUGUGAAGUUGAGUUUUAUCAAUCUAUUGUAGAAACACUAAAGAAAUCGGUGAUUGAUUUGAAGAAAAAAUUAGCUGAGACCCAAAAGAAAAACCAAGAGCUCGAAGAGGAUCAGAAAUUUAAAGAAUCACAAUUUGCUGACAUAUCAAAAUCACAAAUGGAGUGCAACAUUUUGAAACAAAAACUUAUGGAACGAUUAAAACAAGCGCAAGCAGAAGAAACUCGCUAUUCGGAAAUGGCGAACCAGUUUGAAAGAGAGCUGGCAUCGUUGAGACAAGAGUUGGAAGUCAAGACUAUACAGUUGGAUGAGUGCAAAAAGAGUGCGCAAGAAAUAAACAGUUGCCGGUGUGUUCAGCUGGCGUGUGCUGAAGAGGAGGCGAGCGCUCUCAAAGAGGAACUCAAUAAUCUUCUAAGGAAACAUUGUGCACUUAAUGUUGAGAAUGAAAAGCUACACUCACAAAGUGCAAGAAUGCAGUCAACAGUCGUUAGUCUCGAAGAAAAAAGUCAGCUGUUGAAAGGACAAGUUGAGCAAUACCUUCUGGAGUUACAAAUGGUACAAAACGAAAAAGAGAGCCUACUAGAAAAGAAUCGAGAUCUCCUCAACGAGCUGAGAUCACUACAGUCAUCCUACCAUUCCGCUGGCAAACAGCAAAGGUAUAAUUCAGAAGCGGUGAAAAUUCUUGAAUUGGAGCUAAAUGAGAUUAAAAACAAUCGAGACGAAAUUUGUUUCGAGAGUAAAAAUGUUAUAAACUACUUCAGGAACUGGUUGCAAGAACAGAGAAAAAUCAACCAGCAUGUUAUUGCUAAGGAGAGAGAUUUUCGUGAGACUAUUGAAACGUUAAAACAAGAAAAUGAAGAAUUGCGCUUUCAGCUUCACCCCCAAGUACAAAGGCAAUGUGUCAGAAAUACCUCUUGCAUAAGAUCUGCGACCCCACCACCGGCUUGCCAAUCUCCAUGGAGCCUGGGAUCCCAAGGAACUGCCUCCGUCCAUGAGGAGAGCCCUUCCAGAAGUCCGUGUUUGAAUGAGGAAUGCGAUUGGUUUUCUCAGUCUUUCAGGAACGAAUCUGAAGAUGAUGAAGAGGAUUGGGUGACCAAAGUGGAAGAUUUGGCAGCUCAGGUGAGAAGAACUAAUAGAAUGUGGAAAAACAAGAUGGGGAAUUCAGAUUAUAUGGUGACCAGGGAUCCUAAGAAAUGACAUGCAACUUCUGAAUUUAUUUACAAAAUGAUCAAUAAUAAUUUUAUAUGUGUGAAUUUUUUGUACUAAAAUACUCGGUUAGUUGCCAAUUAUUUAUUAUACUUUAAGUUUUUUUACUUUGUAUGAUACAUUGAGUGAUUUUUGUCUUGUCUAAAUCACUGUUUUUUAUAAAUAUACAAUCACAUAACAAUUAAUUAAAUAUCAUUCAUUAUUUUUUUCAUUACAAAAUAUCACUAUGAGUUCUCUCAAUAUUUUAGUCUCAAAUUGUUGUGAUAGCUGCCACUUGAAUUGUCUGGUUAUCUGAUGU